CACACUACAUAAACACUUGACCUUUGUCACCUCAUUGUCAUUUGGACUGAAGUCAGAGCAUCACUGAGACAGACAGCAUACAAAGAAAUCGACAGACUAUACACACAGUACCCGUUAUUAUCAUCAUCAUCAUUGAGAUAUGGAGAUAGAAGAGGACAUCUAUGCCAAUGUAGAGGAGAUCAGUGUGAAAGACUGUGAUGAUCUGGCUGCAGGUUAUGAGACUUUACACCAGAGUCCACAGGCUGGAACAAGACUGAAGCAUGGGAAUCAGAACUGUCAGCCUUACAAGCUGGCUACAGUUUCUCUGGGACUGCUGUGCCUUCUCCUACUAAGCACAGUCAUAGGUCUCUCUGUGCUCUAUGACGAUGACUACAAUCAACUGUCCAGAACUCAGUAUCUCCUAACAGCCAACCACACCACAGAGCUUCAGACUAGUUACGAAAACCUGACUAAAGAGAAAGAACAGUUGGAGAGGGAGAGAGACCAGUUACAGAUCAGUUAUAAAAGCUUGACUAAAGAAAGGGACCAGUCACAAACUCAUUAUAAUACCAUAACUAGAGAGAGAGACCAGUUACAAAGGAAAAUUUUAGAGCAGGAGAAAAAGAUAUCAGAAGAACUGGGAUGCUGCCCUGACGGUUGGAGGAGAUUCGGAUCUAGCUGCUAUUACCUUUCAACAGAGAGUAAAACUUGGACUGAGAGCAGAGCAGACUGUACAAGGGGGGGAGCAGACCUGGUGAUCAUAAACAGCAGAGAGGAACAGGUGUUUCUAAACAAAAUGGAAAAAGAUGUGCACUUCUGGAUUGGUCUGACUGACUCAGAGAUGGAAGGGUUCUGGAAAUGGGUGGAUGGAACAACAUCACCAACAACGUUCUGGAGAAGAGGAGAGCCAAAUAAUGCUGAUGGGGAGGAGGAUUGUGUGGUUUUCAACAGGUUCAUUAAUCUGUCGUGGGACUGGGAAAUGAUUCAGUCAUGGAAUGACCAGCCUUGCUCAGUGAGUACUCAAUGGGUAUGUGAGAGCAGUGUCAUAACAAAUCCAUCCACAACAGGAGAAUAAUAUCUGAAUUCCCUUUUGAGUUAGCAAUUGUAUUAUCAGUUAGCAAUUGUAUUGUUAAAGAUUAUUGUUGAAGUGUAAUUUAAAUCAAUUAUAACAUUAGUUAUGAUUUGUAAUGAUUGUUCUUAUGAUUAGUAAUGAUUGUUCUUAUGAUUAGUAAUGAUUGUAGUUAUGAUUUGUAAUAAUUUAAUUUAUAUAAUAUAGAAUGAAUUAUAAAGAAUCAUAGUAUUAUGAAUGUGAAACUUUAACCUGAAAGCUAAUGUAGUGAAUUGACAUGCAGGGUCAAAUCUAAUCUAAUCAUCUAACAGUGAACUGUGAACAAGGCAAGUGCCAUGCUUCAAUUUGUGUUUAUUUCUUUGUCAGAUGGGAUGAUAAUUAUAGGCUACUUACUAAUUCAUUUUAGCUCCUAGUGGAUGAUAUUAAAUACAUAUUUUGAAAGCUAACAGAAAAUACAUGUUUGAAUUGUAUUGUACAUUACAGGCAUAAUUCCUCUGUCUAUGUGAUACAUAUUAUAAACUUUUUUAAACCAAAGUGAAAAUACAACUUUUAUUGUAUUUUUUUCCACAUUGAAUAUUGUUGUGUUUCUUUAUAUGGAUG